ACGGACCGUACCAUAACCAUGAAGAUGGGGGUGUAUUGAUUGGCGGGUUGGACCUCUCUUGUCUCCGUCCAUCUGUCUUACCGGAACUUUACGCCCGGUGGUCUGGUCGCAGACUGCUGGUUACACAGGUUGGUAGUUAAACCCUUCCAGAGUGCCGUUGAGCCUGUGUUAGAACGGCGGUCCUCUCAGGGUGCAGCUGGGCGGGACAACCAUCCUGUUUAGCUGCUAAUAAAGAAAAGAGCGUCUCGGCUGAAGACCACCGAAACAACGGACCGAUCAGCGGGGGCGACGUCUCGCGGACACCCACCUGGAGCCGCUUCCUCCCUCCGGAGUCUUUGUGUGGAUUUUCUCUGAACAUGUCUCGUCUCAGCGCGGUGUUAUGGCUGCAGUUCGUCAGUAGCAUCAUCAAUACCUCCAGUGCCGCAUCCUCAGCAUCCCGGAGGUGUGAGGACAGCUUAGCCACUCCUCUCCCCUACAGCUCCUUCACCAGUUCUUCCAUCUUUGCUGGAGGAUAUGGAGCUGGUUAUGCCAAACUCAACAGGAACCAAGGUGCUGGAGGGUGGUCACCUCUUGAUUCAGACCGUUACCAGUGGUUACAGGUAGACCUGGGUUCUAGGAAGCAGGUGGUUGCCAUAGCGACACAGGGUCGCUACAGCAGCUCUGAUUGGACCAAGCGAUAUCGGCUGCUGUACAGUGACACACAGAAGAACUGGAGGCCGUACUUUCAGGAUGGGAACAUCUGGACCUUUGAGGGGAACGUAGACAGUGAGAAUGUGGUACGACAGGAUCUCAAACACCCCAUCCUGGCCCGCUACAUCCGUUUCAUCCCUCUACACUGGAACAAGGAGGGACGCAUCGGAGUCCGGCUGGAGGUCUACGGAUGCUCAUAUUGGGCUGAUGUGAUCAGUUUUGACGGCCAGGGCAUCGUCUCAUAUCGCUUCAGAAGCAAGAAGAUGAAGCUUGUGAAGGAUGUCAUCUCUCUGAGGUUUCGGACCAUGGCCAGAGACGGUGUCCUGCUCCAUGGAGAGGGACAGCAGGGAGACUACAUCUCCCUGGAGCUCCACAGGGCCAGACUGCAGCUCAGCAUCAACCUAGGCAGCAGCCAGUACGGCUCCAUCAAGGGUCACACCGCCGUGACCAGUGGGAGUUUGCUGGACGAUGACCACUGGCAUUCAGUCGUCAUUGAACGCUACCGCAGGAAUGUCAACUUCAGUCUGGACCAACACACUCAGCAGUUCAGGACCAACGGAGAGUUUGACCACCUGGAUCUGGACUAUGAGAUCAGUUUUGGAGGACUUCCUGUGUCUGCAAAGCAGAGCUCAGGAGGCAAAGAGAACUUUGUGGGCUGCAUGGAAGGAAUCACCUACAACGGGGACAACAUCACCAGCCUGGUGCGCAGGAAGAAGUUGGACACCACCAGCUUCCGUAACCUGACAUUCUCCUGUGCCGAGUCCAACUCCUUCCCGGUCUUCUUUAACUCCACAUCCUUCUUGCGGCUGCCGGGUCAGAGUGAUAGCGACACUCUGUCAGUGAGUCUGUCUUUCAGGACGUGGAACCCCAACGGGCUGCUGAUGUUCACGAGGCUGGUUGACGGUUGGGUGGAGCUGGGGCUAGUGGAGGGCAAGGUCACCGUUUACAUGAACGUUACACAAAAGAAGAACACGCGAAUUGAAAUUUCAUCAGGUUCAGGUCUGAAUGAUGGCCAGUGGCACAGUGUCCAUUUAAAUGCUCUGGAAAACCAUGCGAUGCUGACAGUGGACGGAGACGAGGCAUCCACGGUCCGGACAGCCAUUCCCAUCCAGAUCCAGACAGGAGGAGCAUACUAUUUUGGAGGUUACUUCCUGCAUACUUACAGCCGGUCCCUGCAGCGGUCCUUCCAGGGCUGCAUGCAGAUGAUCAACAUCGACGACCACCUGGUGGACCUCAGGGCUGUGGAGCAAGGUCUCAUUGGAACCUUUGAAAACGUCAGCCUGGAUAUGUGUGCCAUUAUUGACAGGUGUGUUCCUAACCACUGUGAGCAUGGCGGGCAGUGUUCCCAGACCUGGGAUACUUUCAGCUGCAACUGUAGUGGAACUGGCUACACUGGAGCUACCUGCCACACAUCUCUGUAUCAGCAGUCUUGUGAAGAGUACAAACAUUCUGGAAAAAGUUCAGGAAGCUACUGGAUCGACCCAGACGGUAGUGGGUCCAUCGCCCCCUUCAGGGUCAGCUGUGACAUGACAGAAGACCUGGUUUGGACCACACUGAGGAACAACUUGUCUCCUCAGACGUCAGUCUCUGGUGCAGACCAGGAUGGGAAAGCAGCGCUGCACAUCACUUACAACCUCACCGAUGAACAGAUACAAUCAGUCACCAGCAGAGCAGAAAACUGUGAACAGUAUGUGGCCUACGCCUGCCGCGUGUCCCGGCUGCUGAACAGUCCAGAUGGUGUUCCUUUUACCUGGUGGGUGGGAAGAGCCAAUGAGAGACACUCUUACUGGGGGGGUUCAGGCCCUGGGAUACAGAAGUGUGCCUGCGGUAUCGACCACAACUGCACGGACCCCAAACGUUUCUGCAACUGCGACGCUGACCUGAGAAGCUGGAAGGAAGACUCCGGCCUGCUGGUCUAUAAGGACCACCUUCCAGUCACUCAGGUUGUGGUUGGUGAUGUGAACAGAGCCGGAUCUGAGGCCAAACUAACAGUGGGGCCCCUCAGGUGUCAGGGGGACCGGGAUUACUGGAACGCCGCCUCCUUCUCCAGCCCUGCCUCCUUCCUCCACUUCCAGUCCAUCCAUGGAGAAACCAGCAUGGACAUCUCCUUCUACUUCAAGACUUCUUCCACUCAUGGAGUCUUCCUAGAGAGCCUGGGGACCUCUAGCUUCCUUCACAUCGAACUCAGAGGAGGCUCGGUGGUCCUGUUCUCUUUCAAUGUAGGCAGCGAGCGAUUGGAGCUCAGCGUCCGCUCAGCACAGUCUCUGAACGAUGACCAGUGGCACAGAGUGGAGGCUGAGAAGAACAUCAAGGAGGCCGUUCUGCAGCUGGAUGGUCAGUUCAAAGAGGUCCGACUCAUGGGACAGGGACACGCCGGGUCUACAGAGUUCUACAGAGACCUGUAUGUUGGUGCUUCCAGCGGUCAGAGGGGUUUCUUGGGCUGCAUUCGGGCUCUGAAGAUAAACGGUGUGGUCUAUGAUCUGGAGGAGAGGGCAAAGGUGACUGCGGGGGUCAAUCCCAGCUGUCAGGGCCACUGUAACAGCUUUGGGAUGCACUGCAAGAAUGGGGGAAAGUGUGUGGAGCAGUACAAUGGAUACUCCUGUGACUGCUCCCUCACUGCUUAUGAUGGACCUUUCUGCACAGUUGAUGUAGGCGGUUAUUUUGAGACAGGAACCCUGGUGCGUUAUGACUUCCUGUCUGAUGUUGGACCAUCACUGCUGGGAGACGGGGGAAGCUCCUCAGGUGUUGGUGGUCCUGGUGAAGCCAACCUCACUCAGGAGGAGUUGGUCUUCAGCUUCAGCACUUACAGUUCUCCCAGCAUCCUGGUCUACAUCAGUUCCAGAACCCAGGACUACAUGGCUGUGGUUCUGAGACACAAUGGCACUCUCCAGAUCCGCUACAGUCUCGGGGGCCUAACAGAACCUUACACCAUCGACAUCGACCAUCGGAACCUGGCGAACGGACAGCCUCAUUUUGUCAACAUUACAAGGAAGAUGAGAGAGAUUCAACUGCAGCUCGACCACUAUCCUCUAUCCACACACACCCUGCCUGAGGCCUCCGACACACACUUCAACUUGGUCAAAAGCAUCUUUCUUGGAAAGGUCUUUGAAACAGGACAGAUCGACCCCAUCCUGAUUGAGCGCUACAACACGCCAGGCUUUGUGGGAUGCCUGUCCAGGGUUCAGCUGAAUAGUGUGGCGCCUCUGAAAGCUGCUCUGCGCUUGGGGUUGUCAGCACCAGUCAACACCCACGGGAUUCUGGUGCCGUCCAACUGUGGAGCCUCGCCUCUCACCAUCUCACCGCUGGCCUCUGCUAAUGACCCAUGGCACAUAGAAGCUGCUGGAGCAGUUUUCCCCUUCAAAGAGGAAAAGGCCGGCAGUGAUGGUGUCAAUCGCAACUCUGCCAUUAUUGGAGGCAUCAUCUCCAUGGUAAUCUUUACUGUUCUGUGCAUCAUGGUAAUUGUGAUCCGUCACAUGUUCCGUCAUAAAGGCUCAUAUCACACAAACGAGGCCAAAGGAGCAGAGUCAGCAGACUGCGCUGAUGCAGCGAUCAUCGUCAAUGAUCCAGCCUUCACCGAAACCAUUGAUGAGAGUAAGAAGGAGUGGUUCAUCUGAAACAUCAAGACUCAUCUGUAGUUGUUUUAAACAUAGGGAGUGUUAGUGAGGAACCCUGAGGAUGCUGGGGCUGUGAAACUUGGAGGAGAGAGGAGGUUUUAAAGCACAGGGCCGCCCUGCAGAGCCCCCCGUCAUGAUGUGGAAUGUCUCUUUCCUUCAUUUUACUGGACAUAGUGACCACCUUCAGCGGACAGUGCCAUAACGUUGCCAUAAUGCUACAGGCCUUGGAUGAGUGUGUUCACUUUUAGCUCACAUUUUAGAUUUUUGUGACUAUCACAGUUUAACUUAAUUUAUUUGUGAAAUAUUUUUCAGAAAAUGUAUUUAUUUCUUUUCAUGCAUUGAUAUCUUCAUGGCUUUGUGUGAUGUUAGAAUUUCAUAGAAAAUGAUGACACUUAUGGUAAUAAUGCUGCCAGCUCUCAGUGCGUGUAGCAGUGCCCAUAAAUGAGACUUUUCUAUCAGAUUUUAUGUUGCCUUAUUUUAUAUUUGUCAAUAUACUUAAGGUUGAGCUUUUAGAUAACAAUAAGCUUUGUGCGUAUGAAGCAGCUUCUUUGUAAAUGAUGGACAUGUAGCCAUGACUCUGCACCAUCUGGACUCCACAGAACUGAUGGCCUCAUGAUCAGAUCUUUGUCCAUUUUUACCCUAACCUGAAAAAGCCUGAUGAACAUCAGAGAUGGACACAUGUGAUCCUCUGAUGGAGGAAAGAUCUAACAAAUAUGGUCCAUUCUAGCUCACAUCAACAAAAUAUCACAGUAUACCUCAUGUUCUUUCUUUCUUUCUUUCUUUCUUUCUUUCUCUCUCGCUCUCUCUCUCUUUUUUUAAAAAGUUGCCCUGUCUGAUGAUUUUUCUGCAGAAUGUUUGUUGCCAACAUACUCUCACAUGGCUUACUUCCUGACAUUUGAUUGUAUUGCAUUGUAUUGGUUUAAAUGCACCGCUGUAACAGCAUGUUGUUUGAUACUGAAUGACACGAAUGUUUCUGUUGGAUGACCACUGUAGCAUCACAUCACCUUUUCUUUAUGUUGUAUGUAUAAACCUUUUGCCAAGCUCUCUUUAUAGCUGAUUUCUCAUUGUUUGUGAUUUUGUCUUUGUCAAGAAAAAAUAUGCUUUCUGACUGCAAAACUAGUAAAAACAUUAAUCCAAA